CACGAACUCCAAUCAAGUUUACCAUUAUGCAAUUGACCUUUUGAAUCACCUUGCAGGCUCACUCAGUAUGAAUGCAUCAGCGAGCUAGGUUGUACUAAAAAUGCUACAGAGCGUUCUGUAGCCCUCUGUAGUGAAUUUCGUUUCCCUGUGUUUACCAUGAACAUGGGCUGGCCCAGAAGCGGACACGGUCCCGAACUUCCUCGCAGAAAACCAACGAGUCUUCCCGUUUUCGCUUUUGCAUACUUGGAUGUGGACUACGACGAAGAGCACACCAGUUUUAUAAUAUCUCACCCAGUUAAUUGCCACCAUGCUCAUUCGUCUUGUCCCCUCCGUAUCACAUGGCACUGUUCACUACAAUGUCUCCUUUCCGAUUCACUUUCCUAAUUUACCUACCCCCCCCUGCGUGGUCAAACCAGUUGCACCAUCUGACCUCAGUGUUGCAUCUCGAUUCUCCCCCGAGCAUCCAUGUGUUCGACCAUUCAGUUGGUCUCGUCACUCGGAUAAUCAAAGUCAUGUUUGAUCUACCAACCAAGGAGGUUGUCGUAAGCUUCGUUAAUGGGUGCAUUGAAAAGCUGCCUAUGAACUCCCAAUGCAUGCAGAUGCUUCAGAGUGUUGUUGACGAUGUUAAAGCAUGCACUGAACAGGAGUCUCGACGAGACAGCUUCGAGUAUGCCACCUCCGCUAGUAUCUGCAGCAAUCCUGCCAGUUUGCAGGAUAUCCCUAGCACACCCAUAGCUCCCCUGAAGUCUCUGAAGUUGAGCAGGCAUAAGAAGCAGUGCUCCCUGCUGUUUUCUUUGAUCUUCUCAUUGGUGCCACAUUCCUUGUCUCCGCCCCCAGCCCCUCCUCCAUCACCCACCACACCCUGCCCAUCUCUGCCUCCCCUCCCACCAAUUCCCCCUAUCACAUCCCAUGAUACAUCAUUUUCUCCCAUCCCGCAAUCUCCAAUCUCCUGUAACCCUGCUUUCCUAUCAUCAACAGACCUGCCAAUUCUCUGUUGCCAUGCAUGUGCUAUGCUUAUCGAUGCCUGGAGACGACAUGUUGUUUCAGCCCUUUUGAAUCAGAACCAUUAUGCAGGGUACAUUGAAUGGGUGCUCUGUGGUAUGGCUACUAGAGCUUGUGCCCAGCUGAGAGAACUCGAGAAAUCCUGGCAGCCUGGGCAUGGUGCCAUUCACAAACAUGGUAGGGCACAAAGUGAGGGAAGAGUUGCUCUUGACUUUGGGGAGCGUAGCUCUGAGGAGAUUCAAGGACAAUGGCAUGCACCUUCACCAUUUCUUGAUGAACUUGAGAGUGAAAACGAUGACUGCGUUGUAUAUCCUCGUCACGAACAAGGUUUGAUUGAUUUCAUUCUAGAAUGACG